CAUAAGGAUGAUCUUUGCGCCACUGCUUUCUUUCUUCAGCCAGGCGCGCCCUAGAAAUGCCGGACAUUGUUGGUGAUUUCUGUUAAGCGUUCCCGUCGCGUGUAUUCGUCUGCGGGAAUUUCCGCUAACCGCCAGCGUUUUGGCGGUACCUCCCUUUCCGCCUUCGACGACAGACCACCCUGUCCCCACUGCUCUUCAGGUCAGUUCCACAUCAUCCCACCAUGCUCAACCAACACCCUUACCCCUCCAUACACAUCCACCUACCCUCCCUCAAUCCAGACAUUAUCCUAUCCUGCUCCAGAUUCAUACAACAUCUCCUUCAAAUUUUCCCGCAUUAACCUGACUCCGCCACCCAUCCUGAUGCCAGAGGAGUCUUCCUUGAAGCGAUCACGUUCACCAGAGCCCGAAGCACUGCACUCUAAUAAGCGCCAGAUUAUUUCGGGCAGUUCCAGGGAGGGAGCCCAUGAGGGAAAGACAUACACUCAUACCUCCGCUCCCGCGAAAAACGAGUCAUCGACCACUGAUUCGAAGAUGAAUGAUGCAAACUCUGAACCCAAACCCACACAAGCAACUGGAAAAGAUGCGCUCCCUGCACCCGUUCAAAGUGCUCAACCAGCUGCACCACCUGUUCCCUCUCAACAAAUACAUCUCCGUUGCUUGAUCGUCACUCAAGAUGCCUCCAUAAUCAUUGGAAAAGGUGGCUCGCACGUCAACGAGAUUCGGGAGAAAUCUGGCGCACGAGUCAUGGUCUCUGAGAGUAUUCCUGGAAAUCCCGAACGAAUCCUAAACGUCAGUGGUCCAUUGGAUGCUGUGUCCAAAGCAUUCGGACUCAUCGUGCGACGAAUCAAUGAUGAGCCAUUCGAUGUGCCCUCAGUUCCUGGAAGUCGCGCUGUUACCAUCAAAUUUAUCAUCCCCAAUUCGCGCAUGGGUUCAGUCAUUGGAAAGGGGGGUUCCAAGAUUAGGGAAAUACAAGAGGCUAGUGGUGCAAAGCUCAAUGCGAGCGAAGGGAUGCUCCCCGGUUCGACUGAGCGCGUUCUCAGUGUGUCCGGUGUUGCGGAUGCUAUACACAUUGCCACGUAUUAUGUUGGCAACAUUCUGAUCGAAGCUGGUGCCCUUGCUCCUUCAUCCUCCAAUAACUCAUACCGCCCCUCCGCCUCAUCCAGAGGUCCUCGCUCUACCGCGUCUUCCUCACAAUAUGGUUACGGAUCCUCUAUUGUCAAUCCCGUUGAUCCUUCCAUGGCACCACAAACUCAGCAAAUUUUUAUCCCGAACGACCUUGUGGGCUGUAUCAUUGGCAAGGGUGGAAGCAAGAUCAACGAGAUUCGUAGCAUGAGCGCCAGUCAGAUAAAGAUCAUGGAGCCUGGGGUCACACCUGCGGGGACUCCUGGCCCACCAUCAAAUGAGCGGUUGGUAAUUAUCACAGGUGCACCGGCCAAUGUAAACAUGGCGGUGCAGCUGCUUUAUCAUCGUCUAGAGACAGAGCGCCAGAGACUUGCGGCACAGGCAGCACAAGCUGGUGCUACUGCAGCCACUUCAAGCACUUGAUUGUCGACUGAAUCAGUUUUCUUUUGUGGCGGUUUGCAGUCAUUCCGAACCCCCCACCCCUUUGAGCGUCUCUCUCCAAAUCACUUCCCCGUCCCCUCCCCCCUCCCGACGCCUCAAUUUUUUGUUCCAGUCUGCUGCAUGUAAAUAAGCCUCUUUCGUUGCAAAUCUUAUUCAAAUUACCCGUUCCUCAA